GUUGUUACAUACAUUCACCAAACAAUUGAUUGUGCCUGCGAGCAUUUUCUCCGCUAGGUAUUUAAACCGGAGUACACAUCAUAGGUACUAUACAGUCAACGAGCACUGCUGCAAUCAUACAACAGAAGAUGAUGUUCCCCAUUCUGUUCCUAUUCACGGUCGCCGUAGACUUGGCGGUCUCCAUCCAACAGGCCACUAUAACAGCUGUUCCCCCCAAUGGACUUCAGUUUGAAAUACCAGAUGAAGGGUUCUCUUUGGUGGCUCUUCACUUCAGCAUCAACAAACCGGUGAUCAACACACAAGCUGGGGAUGUGAAUGUGGAUAUCACAACUCCAACCAAUGGCGUUUUUGUGUACACGACUAGUAGAUUUACCGUGAAUACCGGGGACGUCGUCAACUACUGGGUUUACGGUAUCAAGAAUAAACAAGGGGAGCAGAAACUGAAUCUUUCCUACACCAUACCAGGCUCAGGGAACGGAAAUGGAACAGGUUCAGGAA